AUGCAAGCGGUCUUUCCGACUGUGCGUAUCACUGCACGCGGUGCUGCUCCGGCCAGCAGCCUCGCUCGUCGAUCACUUGGCGCUCACUUGCAUUCGGCGAGUAAGCCGAAAGUGUUGCUUCUCGACCAAAUCAAGCUCGCUACUACAGAACUCAACCAGCUGUCCAAGGUAGCUACCGUCGUCGACUCGACCGCAACGUCACGACAAGAGCUCAUCGACAUGUUUCAAGUCGGUGGCGAGUAUGCACAAGUGGUAGGCAUCUACCGUCAUUUCGGCGGUGCGCGCUCCAUCAAAGUCACAGGUCGCUUCGACCACGAGCUUGUCUCUCAACUCCCUCCCACACUACGCUACAUCGUUCACAAUGGCGCAGGCUACGACCAGCUUGACGUACAGGCCCUGUCCGACAAGGGCAUUCAGGCAUCCAACGUUCCCAGCGCCGUCGACGAUGCCACUUCGGAUGUCGCACUCUACCUUCUCCUCGGCGCGUUGAGACGUUUCCCUCGAGCAAAGGCGGAAAUGAACAAUGGCAAAUUCAACUCUGCCUUCUCUUUCCUUGAUGCGAGAGAUCCGCGAGGCAAGACCCUCGGCAUCGUCGGCGCAGGUGGUAUCGGCAGAGCAUUUGCACACAAGGCAUCGCACGCCCUAGGCAUGAAGGUCCUCUACCACAACCGCAAUCGGCUUGCCCACGCCGUCGAAUCGCACGCAGCAAAGGGUGGCAUGCAGUACGUCAGCACUCUCGAAGAGCUCCUUCAACAAUCUGAUGUCGUCUCUCUACACUGCCCUCUCACGCCCGCCACAAAGGGCCUCAUCGGUAAGCAACAGUUGCAAACCAUGAAGAAGGACGCUAUCCUCAUCAACACAGCGCGAGGGCCCGUCGUCAAAGAGCAAGAACUUGCAGAGGCUCUCGAACAAGGCACCAUUGCAGGAGCUGGUCUCGAUGUCUUUGAGGCUGAGGUUCGAGCUCAAGCUCAGGUGCAGCCUGCUCUCGUCGGUCGCAACAUUGAUGCUGUCAAUAGGGCGGCUUCCGAGUCCUUCCAACAAGACAUCGACGGGCCCAAUUCUGAGCCAACGUCGCCUUCGACACAUCCUCCACUUUCACGAACACCCAAACGCGAUGCAUUUCCCAACGUCGAGCUUGACCUUACUCCCUCAUCAUUUGCCAAUCAAGAAGGUUUGGUCGCCGAUCAGCGCAUCCUCCCAAACGUGCUUAGAGUCACAGCCAGUGGUCUCACCGGCGUCGCUGAGGCAGGUCAGAGCCUCUUUGACGGCAUCGCACAAGUCCUCCAGCAGAGUCAGCUUGCUUGGGCAAAUUUCGAGAACGCUGCCAACCUCACCCGACUCGUCCAGGAUUCCCUGGCAAAUCGACCUGGAGGCUCUGUGUUUUCCUCUCCCCUGUCGCUCAGCAUCAAUAGCACCAUGCAGUCCGAUUCCGAAACUGAUGCGAAUCGAGCCCUUGCCCAAGCUUCAACUGGUAACGGUACAUUUUGGCUCGAGCUCGUCGACCACAACGGUUCGGCCACCUACAAUCCCAACCCCUCUUCGUAUCCGGUCUUUCGCAAUGUCAAGGACUUCGGCGCCAAGGGAGAUGGCACCACCGAUGACACCGCAGCCAUCAAUCAGGCCAUCAGUCAAGGUGGCCGCUGCGGUCAAGGCUGCGGCAGCUCCACCAUUUCGCCCGCUCUGGUAUAUUUCCCACCGGGCACCUAUCUGGUUUCCUCACCCAUCAUCUCCUACUACUACACACAGCUGGUCGGCAGCGCGACCGAUCGACCCACGUUGCUGGCUGCUUCCUCCUUUCAGGGCAUCGCCGUCAUCGAUGAAGACCCCUACGCCUCUGAUGGAUCUAACUGGUAUAUCAAUCAGAACAACUUCUUCCGCGCCGUUUACAAUUUCAAGAUCGACUUGACGCAGAUGCCAGCGACAUCGGGCACCGGUAUCCACCACCAGGUGAGCCAGGCUACGAGCCUCUUCAAUGUUCACUUCGAAAUGCGUCAAGAUGAGCAAAACGGGCAGCAGGGCAUCUUUAUGGAGAACGGCAGCGGUGGCUUCAUGACAGAUCUCACCUUCCGAGGUGGCCGAUACGGCGCUUUCCUUGGCAAUCAGCAGUUCACGGUUCGCAACAGCUCCUUUGAGAACUGCCAAACCGCUAUAUCGCAAGCUUGGAAUUGGGGCUGGUCUUAUCACGACAUUCGCAUCUCCAACUCCACACUCGGCCUGGAGAUGCGCACUAGCCCGAAUCCGGAAUCGGGAAGUCAAGGCGCCGCGUCCAUCUUGGCGUACGACUGGAGCUUGAACAAUGUCGAGACCGCCUUCAACAUUACGACUCCAGGCUCGGGCACUUUGAUUCUGGACAACAUCUCGAUUGAUAAUGUUGGCAGUGUUGUCAAUGCCGGCCCAGACUCGGUCCUGCUCGCUGGCUCCGAUCAGUCCUCUGUUAUCGAGAGUUGGGUGCAGGGCUCUCUCGUGCAGAACAAGCAGCAAACGCAAACUGUACAGGGAUCUUCACGGAUCAACAUUGCGAGACCGCCCUGCCUGAUCAAGCAGAACAAACCUUCGACGCCUUGGUUCAGCCGCAGCAGACCUCAGUACGAAUGGGCGGGGCCGUCAGACAUUGUCAACAUCAAGGAGCUCGGGUGCGUUGGAGACGGUACGACUGACGACUCGCAAGCCCUUCAGCAGAUAUUGGACGACAACGCUGGCGACAAGAUCGUCUAUGUGCCACAUGGAACGUACUACCUCGAAUCGACCGUCACAUUUCCACCGGGCACAAGAAUGGUCGGAGAGGUGUGGCCUGUCCUGAUGGGUGGCGGUUCUCUCUUUCAAGACGCCUCAAAUCCUCAGCCUGUUGUGCGAGUCGGAGAGCCAGGUGACGCGGGCAUCAUGGAGAUCUCUGACAUGAUUUUUUCUACGAGAGGACCUGCGCCGGGUGCCGUCAUAGUCGAGUGGAACAUCCGAGAACAAGAGGACUCGCAGGGCUCGGCUGCCAUUUGGGACAGCCACGUCCGGGUCGGAGGCUUUUCGGGCACCAACCUCGAGGCCGACAAAUGCGCCCGCGAGCAACCUUUGAGCAAUGACUGCCGUGCCAGCUUCCUCAACCUUCACUUGACGCCCAACUCGAGCGCUUACAUGGAGAAUACGUGGAUGUGGACAGCAGACCAUGACCUCGAUUUCGGGGAUCGCGCUCAGGUCAAUCUUCUCUCAGGACGCGGCGUCCUCAUCGAAUCGGCCCAGGGUCCAGUAUGGAUGUACGGCGGCGCCUCGGAGCAUUCGGUACUCUAUCAGUACAACAUCGUUGACGCUAGCAACGUCUUUAUCUCCUUGGCGCAAACCGAGACCGCAUACUUCCAGGGCAAGGGCCGAGCAGUCGCCAGUGCAGAAGAAUCGCUCUCCAUUGAGACAUACCACGAUCCCAACUUCAACCUCUCGUCCACCCAGUCGUCAGAGUUACCCUUCCAGGAUCCGAGCGAUCCUUAUGAGAAUCGUGGUCUCGGGAUGAGGAUCGCCAACAGCACCAAUGUCUUUGUCUAUGGUGCAGGCUUCUAUUCCUUCUUCGACAACUACGAUCAGAGCCAAGUCUCGGCGCGACGAUCGCAGAAGAGGAUCCUCUGGCUUCAAGAUUUGAAUGACGACGGCAACGUGUGGGUUCUCAACCUCAACACGGUCGGCGUCGAAAAGAUGGUCACCGUCGACGGUCAAGACGUCGUCGACGAGGGACCGCUUCGCAAUGGCUUUGGGAUCUCAGAGGACUCGAAUAAACGAUGGCGGAGAGCCAUGGAAGAUUCGCAUGCUUUCGUCUACGACUAUGGGGGUGUGCACGGCCAAGGCUUCUUCGGAAUCUUUGAUGGACAUGCAGGCAAGGACGCUGCCGAGUGGUGCGGUCAGAACUUCCAUAAGUAUCUGCUCAAAACACUCGAACUCAACCAAGACAAACCCGUCCCCGAUUCCCUCAACUUGACAUUCCACAGCGUGGAUAAGGAGCUCGAGAAUAUCGCAAGCCAGCAGGGAUCGUCCAGCGGAUGCACGGCUGCCGUUGCGUUCCUGAGAUUGGAAGAUGCGUCCGGACGCCCCCUCAAAGCAGGCGAAGAACCCAGCACCGAACCGGACAGCAAACCGGACAAGGAUGCAGCGUAUCAAGCGCAACCGAGUGGGCGAACGUCUGGUGAUGGUAUUUGGGGCAAGCUGUCGAAGCGAUUCGAUUCGUCAGAUAGCAAUAGCAAAGGCAGCCAGUCCACUUCAACGCGAAGGGUUCUGUACACUGCAAACGUCGGAGACGCAAGAGCCGUCCUCUGCCGCGGCGGAAAAGCAGUCCGUCUCACUUAUGACCACAAAGGCUCGGACGCACAGGAAGCGAAGCGCAUCACUGACGCCGGGGGCUUCGUGAUGAAUGCUCGCGUAAACGGCGUCCUUGCGGUCACAAGAUCCCUGGGCGACUCAGCGAUGAAAGAAUUCGUCGUCGGGUCCCCUUACACAACAGAAACGGUCCUCGGCAACGAAGACAGCUUCCUCAUAAUUGCCUGCGACGGGCUGUGGGAUGUGAUCGAGGAUCAGGAAGCAGUCGACUUGGUUCGAGACGUGCACGAUCCGCAAGUCGCUUCGCAAGAGCUCUUGAAGCACGCUCUCAAGGAGUUCAGCACCGACAACACUUCGGUCAUGGUGGUUCGCUUUGCUCCGCCAUCGUGA